AAAUGAUACAUAUGUAAAAAUGAGCUUAUUUCUGUUCAGUUUGGCUUGUUUUUCAGCCUGUCUGUCAGUUGUAGGUAAUCUUGUGAAUGUUUCUGUUCCAGAUCCAUACAUGGACGAAAUAUUCCAUAUUCCACAGGCUCAGCAGUAUUGCUUGGGGAACUUUACUGCUUGGGAUUCCAAGAUUACCACCCUGCCUGGACUUUACUUAAUCUCAGUUGGAAUAAUCUCUCCGCUGAACUCCCUGGCAGCUAGUUUAACAAGAGAACCUCCGGAUAUAAACUCCUGUAGUACUCAGAAUCUUAGAAGCUUAAACGUUCUGUUUGGGUUAAUUAAUCUCUCAUUGGUGUACUGUAUAACUGCACAACUGCAUGGGGAAAAACAGGGGUAUAGCUCGAACCUAGCUAUACUAAACAGUCUCAACCUAUCUCUUCUCCCAGUUCUCUAUAUGUUUAAUUUCCUUUACUACACUGAUGCUGUUUCCACAACAAUGGUUCUUCUCACAUAUUCUCUACACCUGGCAGGUACGCGGAACUUAUCUUCCCUAGCGGGUUUGUGUAGUGUACUGUGCCGACAGACCAAUAUUGUCUGGGUGUUUCUAGUCGCAGCGCUAGCUGCUGGUCAAACUAUUACUCCGGAGGUCAAACAUCAUCUGGCAAAGACGAAACAUCCUCCUACUAUACCUCUGACUAGCUGGGGUCAGAUUAUAGAACUGUGCCAGGGAACCUGGGCCCUUUCACGUAAACCUUGGAGGUUUGCCAGGUUAUUAGCAACUUUUAACUUUCAACCGCUGAUUUAA